AUGGAGCUUUGGCAUCGCGGCAUGGCUUCGCGGCGGGGCCCCACGGGCAUCAGCGGGGGCAGCGUCUUCGCCACGGGGCGGGAGGGUCAGCAGCUGCAGCUGGGCCCUCGGCCGCGGCCUUUGGGGUGCCUCAGCAGCUCCGUCUGCGGCCGCUGGUGGGCGGUGGGGGAGGGCUGCUUCGGGGGCCGCUCCGGACAGGUCACGGUGAUGGGCACGGGCCCCGAGCCGCUGGCCUCGCUGCCGGUGGGGGUCCGCCGCUCCGCACGCCACGUGUGCUGGGCGGCCCGUGGGGAGCUCCUGGCCGCCAUUGUGGAGUUCGAAUCCGAGCAGGCAGCGCCGGAGCAGCAGCUGAUGGUUUGGUCCUGGCCCUCUGGUGAGCGCCUCGCCAGCUGCAGCUGCGGGCGAGGCAUCCAGGACCUGGUGGGCGCGCCCGACGGCGCGGUGCUGCUGACCCUGGGCCUGGCCGGGCCCAAGGUGUGGACGCUGCUGCGCGCCCAGGACGCCGUGGCUGCAAAGGCCCCUGCUGUGAAGGUCAGCCUGGGCGGCGCGCUGCCGCUGCGCCUCGUGGGCCGGGCGCUGCCGGUGACGCUGCCGCCCUCGCGCGCCAAGCGCCGCGAGGAGGGGCUGGUGGCGGCGGCCUGGGGCCUCGAUAGCUGCCUCUUCCUGGCCACGCGCCACGCCUUGGGCCUCACGAGCCUCGAGUCUGGGAAGCUGAUGUGGCGGGACCUGCCCAGCCGCGCCUUCGCGCUCGCCUGGAGUUGGAGUUUCUGCGGCCACAGCCGCAGCCGGGGCAUCGUGGCCUGUGCGCUGCACGGGGGCCGGGUGGAGCUCCUGGACGCUCACGACAUGACCCCGCUUUGGGCGCUGGAUGCAGGGCCCAUGGACGCGGUGGGCCUGGCGUGCAACGCCUCUGGCAGCCUGUGGGUGCUCCGAGGGGACCGCUCCCUCGCCUGCUUCGAGGAUCUCCAGAAACCCGCCUGGUCGCUGCCCACAGUGCACGACCUCCGCGGAGCGCAGGCCUUGCCGGGCAAUCUUCUCACGCGCUUGGUGACGUUCUCUUCCUCCAGCGUCCAGCUUUGGAGCCUUUUGCAUGGCGAUUUGCGCCUGGAGGCGGCGACGCCGGCGGCGCAGGUCACGGCGCUGGCGGCGUCCCCGUGGCUGGUGGCCGUGGGCUUCGCGGGCGGCGAGCUGCGGCUGCUGGGGGCGCUGAACGGCCUGCAGCCGCUGGCCACGCCGCCGCUGCACCACUCCGCGGAGGUCUUGGGCCUGAGCUUCGGCGCCUGGAAGCCGGCGAGCUUGCGGCCCCUGCUGCUGAGCUCGGUGUCCGCGGACCGCAGCUGCCUGGUCUUCCGCAUCGAGCUGCAGCAGGGGCUCCAGUCCACCGAGGUGAGUCCCCUGCUGCAUUUGCAGAACCACUGCGGCCCAGUGCAGCACGUGUCGCUGGCGGCGCAGAUGGAAACCACCCAGCCGAACAGCGAGAUCUUCCGCUUGGUGGUGUGCACGUCGGAGCAACUCAUCUGGCGAGAGGUGGAGCACACGGAUGGCGUGACCACAGUGCACAAGUGCGCCCGCCAGCAGGCCGCCAGAGGCUCAAGGUGGGUGGGCGCCUGCGCGGACGGCGCCCGCGGGGUCUUCUAUGCCGCCUGCACCUCCAGGCGCCUGCUGCAGCUGGACGCCCAGGGGCGAAGGCUCCAGGAGCUGCGCCUGGCCGGGGCGGUGGAGAUUUGCUCGUUGCACCUCAGCGGGGACGGGCGCCUGCUGUGCGCGGGCCUGCGGAACGCUGCGGGCAUACUGCUGCUGCUGGCGGAGGAGCUGCGGCCCUUGGCGCGGCUGGCGGCGGGGCAGAACGAGGCGGCCUCCGCCGUGGCGAUGCACGGGGACCAGGUGCUGGCCGGCUGGCUGGAUGGCACCAUGCUGUCCUGGCAGGUGCCAGAGAAGGCCAUCCCCCGCGCGGAGCCGGAGGAGCGCCGCACCUCGCCCCGGCCCUCGGGGCUCUACGCCCGCGGCGCCGCCUCGACGUCUCCGCGGCGCCGCAGCGGCAAGGGCCAGGGCCGCUCCUCCGGCGGUUCCCUCGCCAGGCCCUGGGCGUCCUCCCACACCAUGUCCCGCACGGCGAUGCGCGGGAAGGUGCCAGAGGAGAAGUUCCGGAUCCGGGACGCCAUCAAGGCUCAGAUCUCGCAAGAGGAGAAGGCCAAGGAUGGUGAGAGGCAAGGCAGAGGUAUGGCGACCCGCCCAGAUGGCUUGCAAGAGCUCCGGCGCUUGCUGGCCUCAUCACCGAGCCCCCCCAAGUGGGCCGAGACAUCGGUGGUGGAGGACGCCAGUGAAGCGGCGGCCAUGGCCGAAGCCUUGGAGAAGGACGCGGUGCCCAUGGGGAAGUGGGCGCGCGGCAGCCUGGUGGGCGCGCAGGUGCGCUCGGCCUCGGAGCUGCACCACAGGUCCUUGGAGCUCGAGGCGGAGGCGCCCCGGUACCGCUGCGCCUCCGAGGGCGUGCAGGUGGGCCCGAAGCGCCGGCUCUUCUGCGCCUGCGGCAGGUGCACCACUCGGAAGCUGCCGCCGAAGCCGCUCUUCCCGCCCCCACUGGAAAAGGCGCCGCCCCUGUUGGCCGCGCUGCCUACGCCAUGCAGAAGCAAAGCGGAGGCGAAGCCAAGCCCGCAGCGGGACCUGGAAGAGCUUGUGGACAGCGUAGUGACCUUGCGGGGCCGCCUGGCCACGGUAGGCCGAUGCUUGGGAGGAGAGGCCGAGUGCAUCCUGGCGCCGCUGCGGAAGUUCGAGUCCCUGCUGAGGUCGCACAUCGCGGAGCCCGGGGCGCUGUAG